CUAUUAAAAAAUUGUUUUUAAAUUAAGUAAUAUGAAGAAUCUUACGAACUUUUCGAACAACAAAAUAUGUAUGGAGAAAAAUAUGUACGUACAUAAAUAUAUUUGUAUAUAUUAUACAAUAUUUUCCGUUAUUUUAAAUAAAAGUGUAAUUUUAUAACAAAACACUGUUUUUUUUAAACAAAUCCAAUAUUUAAAAUUAAUUUUUAUAAGCCACAUUACUACCAUUGAUUAUGUUCCACCCAUUAUGGAAUCAUAUUUUUAUAAAUAACAUUCUAAAUGUAAUAAAUAUUUCAUAACUUUUAAACCGAUUGAAUAAUACAUUGGUGAAUAUAAUUGUUAAAUUUUUAAUUUAAAAUAUUGAAUAUAAACAAAGUUAUUGUACAAAAUGUAAAUAGGGUUUACAUUACCACUUACUUUUCUAUAUAUUUUUCAAUAGUGAUUAAAAAGUUAUGAGAUGUUUAUUAGGUACCUAACACGAUUUUGCAUGCAUUUAAUGCACUUAUAAAUCAUAUUUUAAUUUUUUUAGUUACAUGGACAAUUUUUCUUUAGCACUCUCUUAAUUAAAAUAAUAAUUAUAAUAAAAUAAAGAAUGUAAUCAAAAUUAUUUGGAGUUCAAAUGUUAGUUUUCCAAGUAAUAUAAUUUACAACGCGUAGCAUGGAUAAUCACAUCAUAAAUCACAUCAUAAAUGAACUCGUAAAUAAACGUAAUAUAAAGAUUGAAACCACUGGAGCAUGCAAUGUAUUGCAAUUUCAAUGAAUUUAGAUUUUAGUACAAAAUUAAUUCCUCCAUAUUUAUUAUACCCUGCACGUUUACUAUUAAUUUAUUCAGUCCAAUGCAAAUGCGAUAUAAAUACAUCCGAUUGUAAUUAACAGCGUAAUAAAUAUUCACCCAAAUAAUAUCAGUUUCGAUCCUUGAUAGGAAAGCUGUAGUAAUUUCUCUUUUUCGUCGUUGUAGGGGUGACCCAGGAUGCGAAGCGAAACUGGGAUCAGAUUGGCAGUGGACAUCUCGUUAGGAAUAUGGACAAGCAAUUCAAAAAUUUAUUAAACAAAGAAGAGAGUGGCUCUACUCAAUAUUUAAAUUCCGCCAGUGACAAGUACCAAGAGGGACUUUUUGCCAAUCAAUUUCGUAAUGGAAAUCUCAUUAAUUCCUCGAUCAACCCCGUUGCAUGGGCAGAUACAAUAAGUCAUCCAUAUAGACCCAAUUUAAAUGCUGAUCAAUCAAAUGACCAGCAAUUAUUUAUGGAUCAAUUUAUUAAUCGCAAUGUUUUGAAUAACGCACGAGAGAGUGAUAAACAAAUCGUUAAAGAUCUAGAUCAGAUCGAUGGCGAAUAUUUGGUCAGAAAUUUAGAUCAGAUCGGUGGUGGACACCUGGUCAGAAAUCUAGAUCAGAUUGGCGGCGGACAUUUGGUAAGAAAUCUGGAUCAGAUUGGCGGCGGACAUUUGGUGAGAAAUCUGGAUCAGAUCGGCGGCGGGCAUUUGGUGAGAAAUCUGGAUCAGAUCGGCGGCGGGCAUUUGGUGAGAAAUCUGGAUCAGAUCGGCGGCGGGCAUUUGGUAAGAAAUCUGGAUCAGAUCGGCGGCGGGCAUUUGGUGAGAAAUCUGGAUCAGAUCGGCGGCGGGCAUUUGGUGAGAAAUCUGGAUCAGAUUGGCGGCGGACAUUUGGUGAGAAAUCUGGAUCAGAUCGGCGGUGGAAAUCUGGUCAGAAGCAUCGAUUAUCCGGACGCAGAAAUAAAACGUCAUGUUGAUCAUUCAGCGAGUACUUCCGAGAAGUUACACUUCACGCGAAAUUUGAAUCAGGAUGGGAAUUUUGUGAGAAACUUAGAUCAAAUUGGAGGUGGAAAUCUUGUACGCAAUUUGGAUCAGAUCGGUGGCGGAAAUCUCGUGAGAAGCUUGAAAUGAUUAUGCUAGUGUCUGAAAAUUUUAUUUACUGCGAGUUGGCACAAGAUAAGUAAACGGAUAUAGAACGACUUAGAAGUGAUUGUAUUAAGGAAGGCUUCUACAUUGAUUUUUAAUUUUGUAGUAGAUGUGGAUCCUUUUAAAUUAUAAUUAUCUGAUAUGUUAUGUUCUAUGUAACAAAUUAAAACUAAAUAAUUAUAUUUAAUAAACAUGCAACUAGGACAUGUGGUUUUGGUUUAAUUAAAAUGAUAUCCAUCACAUAUAAUAAAUGGAAGAAUUUAACUGAGAAAAAAAAUAUCGAAAAUAUGUUAAUAAUCAAUACAUGAAAUAUUAAAUAUUAAUUAUACAAUUCCAUUUUUUACUUUUCACUAUUGAACUUUAUUCUAAAAAAAUUAUUUUAUAUAUAUAUAUUGCGUUUCUAUGUACUCGUAUAUGUUUUGUAAUAAGAUAUAACAUAUUAACAAUAUACAAAUUAACGUGACUAUACAAAACACAUUAAAUUAAAAAAUGUCUUUUACAUUGUAUAUUAUUAUUCAAAUUAAAAUGAAAAUAUUUAAAUAUUGUUAAAUUUAUAUUUCUUCUAAUUAAAACAAAAUGUAUUAAUUAUUAUAUAAAACAUAAAAAUGUAUUGUGCUACAAAAGAAAUUUUUUAAUUCCAAAAAUAUGCUAGUAACACAUUUAGUCAACCAAACUAAUGCAUUUACUCGUCACAACAUUCGUCAAAUAUCUAAUAGAAGAAUAUCUUAUAGUAGAGCGACACUUCAAGCGACAAUUGCAAUUAUAUUGUCUUUGUCAUUGUAUUUUUAGUUCUAUUAAGUUAAAAGGUAAUGAAAUUUUAUCUUGUGUAUCUGGUCUUUCAAAACCAAUAUCCAUUUUCCAAACAUCUUAAAUUUUCCAUAAUAUUGUCCAGUCAUUAGAAUUAACGUAGAUAUAGUACAGCACUUUCUGAAAUU